UUUGAUCGCUUUCCUCAAGUUGGAGCUCAACAAAGCAGAAUUGUAUGAUGUCAUCAAAACGAGGGUGAUGUACUGACUUGAAUGCAGGAAGAAUGGAUUUGAUGCUGGAAAGACGGCGGUGUUGACAUAUUUAGCGGAGCGAUGUGCGGGAUUGGAUGCCCGUCGCUCUUUCCCCGUCGGCUACGAUUAGCACACCCCGCAUCUGAAGCAGGAGCGCAUCGCAGUAAAGAACUAUCAGUGUCCUUCGUCUUCACAUCAUGUCUCCCCACCAUCGUCAGUCGACUUGUAGGAUGAAUCAGAAUGCCGCCGAGUCAGUUUCGUCCCCUUCUUCAUCCUCCACCUCCUCGUCUUCUUCCCACUCUUGGUCUGUUGCAACAUCGAAUGGUACCUUCCGCAUCAGCCUCUGUUUCCGCUGCCUACUCGUCCACCCCCUUGGCGCCUCCCGUUCUGUUCUUGGAAGCGGUACCACCCCCCUGAGCAGUCUUUCUCUUCUUCUAACCAGGCCAAUGAUCUUCUCCCUCAUCAUGUUUAUUUCCAAAACAAGGUUCCAACCUCGUAUCCACUAUACAUCUCGAUCUUGUCGGACUUUUUGAUGCCGAAGGUGAUGACUGCCGUGCAAAGAGGGUAGUUGUCAUGAACAUGGUCGACCGCUUCGUCACC